UUAGUGCGAAAAGAGGUUUAAAUUAAAACAGUUGUAUCCUACAGUAGAAAAACACGAUAAGAUAAUAUUCCCAACAGAUAUAAAUACAAUAUAUCAUGAAUAAAUAAUAAAAAUGGAACGAAGUGUACAAAAUUAUUUGAAAGUGAUGAGUGAUAAAUGCAAUGGAGUCAAAUGAACACAUUUAAAAUUGUGGUAGAGUGAAAAAAGUGCAAAAAUCAAUGGAGAUCUGGACAAGAGUGCAAUAAAUAUCACUUCCAUCGGUAACCGAUAUAGAAUUAUGGAUCUUGGGAAAUCCAAUUUGUGCGUAAAUUCGUUCACAGAUAACUGUGCUUAAGGCGACGCGUGUGUUUUGUGAUCAACAUAAAGCCGGCUAAAUAAAGAAAUCACCUCAAUUGCAUUUUGUAAGAUCCAGCAGCAAUCGAACGAACGAGCGCCCAUAUCAACUGAAGCAACAUGAUGCUGCAACAUUUGAAAUCAAUCGCUGCAUUGGCAACAUUACUAAUGGUCUUUUCAACUGCUCUGGGACAACAAUUGAAAUCAAAUCAGGAAGAUCCCUGCAAACAUAAAGGACGUGUAGUUGGUGAUGUCACCUAUUGUGAUCGCUAUUGGGAGUGUGUCAAUAAUCAGCCGGAAUUGUACGAUUGUCCAAAUGGUCUGGUAUUUGCUGGUAAACAUCGCGGUGUAACAGAAGGUUGUGAUUAUCCAUGGCGUGCCAACUAUUGUGAGGAUAAACAAAUGGCGAAUGGUCCAAUUUCGACGGAACAUUGUGACUGGUUGUAUGGUAUAUUUGGUCAUGAGACAUCGUGUACACGUUAUUGGACUUGUUGGAACGGUACAGCCACCGAACAAUUGUGCAUUGGCGGUCUGCUCUACAAUGAGAAUGCCCACAGCUGUGAUUGGCCUGAAAAUGUCGAUGGUUGUCAAAAGCAUCCUCUUUGCAAUGAUGAUGCCAAUGGUAAUGUUCCUUUGGGCAAAUCCUGCAAUCGCUAUUGGCAAUGCCAAGGCGGUUAUCCACGUUUGCAACGUUGUCCGGCCAUGCUUGUCUUCGAUAGGCAUUCAUUGCGUUGCGUUGUGCCACCAACGGAGGAAUGUGAUAUACCAACAACCCCACUGCCCUUCGAUGGCGAUGGUGAAAACAACAAUGUCAGCGGUGGCGGUCAACUGGCGAAAGAUGAACAGGAGCGCAAGUUGGCCAAUGAAGGUGUACCGCCAUUACCGUUGCAGGGUAAAAAUUUCCAAAGAGCCAGAAAUUAGGGAAGCAACUACAGCAGCAAGAAAAAAUAAAACAACAACAUCACUACCACCACCAACCAACCAACCAACCAACCAACCAACCAACCAUCUCCUUGUACAUAUUUUUUUCUUAAUUUGAAGCAACCUAAUCAACAUCAUCUACCCGAGUAACUGCAAUAUUUCAACACUGAGCAGCAACGAGAAAUUGAUGAACCCACCCAGAAGUGAGUGGCCUUCUUGCAGUGGCCAACAUUAUUGACGACAUGACCAAGGAGAAAUGAAAAUCAACAACAACACAAUGAAAUAUUUAAUUUUUUUUUAGUCUUAUGCUACUCUGUUUUUUUCGCUUCUCUUCUCUCCUCAAUAGGAGCAAAAAUAAAUUUUUCGACAAAUUUAAUUCACAAAAAACAAAAAAUAAAUGAGA